UUGAAAUCAACCCUAAGCUCCUUGUUCCUCCGUUCUAAAGGUAGCCCCGAUUAUUGUUGACUUAAGCAUCGGAGUGUCUACCCCGAGGAUUCACCUUGGGGCUUUGCAGGUUAAUCCAGAGUGCAGAUAUGGACUGAAGAAGGAUUUCUGGUUUGGUGCAGUUACAUUUUGGCGCCGUCUGUGGGAAACUGAACUAAAGGCUCCCUUGUUGCUCUUAUCAUGGUUAAAACUAGGUCAGCCCGAGGUGGAAACUCGUUUCAACCUCUUGGACGAGCCCCACCACAAAAUCCUAGACCAGUUCAACAUGCUCCCGCUGUUAGUGAAUCUCAGGGCCAAUCUCACAUUGCACCAGCUCAGCAACCCCCUCAUGAUGAUGUCACCCGACGUCUAGAUAGCCUAGAAAAGCUGGUGGUUGAACAGCGAGGUGUUCCACCUCCACACCCUGCUGCUGACUCCAUACCCCACCCUCUCAACACCAAUAUUAUAUUGGAACCCUAUCCCGCUGGCUUCAGAAUACCACAGCUUGAAACUUAUGAUGGGGCAAAGGACCCCGAUGAUCAUUUACAUGCUUUCUACUCCUGCAUGCAGGCCCAGAACGCCUCUAAUGUGUUGAUGUGCAAAAUCUUUCCCUCUACCCUCCAAGGUAAUGCUCGAACCUGGUACUACAGUCUGCCUCCGAAGUCAAUCAACUCUUACACAGAAAUGGCAUCUGCUUUUGCCACAAAGUUUUCCAGUAGAAGGUUGAUCAGGAAAACCACUUCUGAGCUGAUGCGAGUUAAGCAGAGAGACGGAGAGUCUUUAAAGAAGUUUAUGAGCAGAUUCAAUGAUGCAGUGCUGGAGAUUAAGAAUAAGAUGGACUUAAGACGUCCGGGUCCAAUGAGAACUGCUGCUGCUACCAGAGACCAUACUAGGUAUUGUGACUUUCAUCAAGAUCACGGUCAUACAACAGAACAAUGCAAUAGUCUGAGGUCCGAGUUGGAAAGUCUGGCGCAGAAAGGAAUGUUGAACGAGUACAUUCAGAGAGUUGAACAACCACGGUUUGUCAGGGAACAAGGGACACAGCAUCAAGGAGUCCGCAAUCCCCCAAACAGGCAAGGUGUGGGAUAUCAGCAGGCCCCACCCCCACUCCCACCACCAGCUAGAGUCAUACACAUGAUUAUGGGAGGUUUGGAAGCCGGUGGACUAAGCUUUAAGCAGCGAAAGUUGUAUGUCAGAGAGGUUAAGCACCAGAACAGAGCUCAGAAGCGAAAAUUUGACGAUGCUGAGUGGAAGAAUCAACCCAUCACUUUCACAUCUGCUGAUCUUGAAACAGUUGUCACACCUCACAAUGAUCCCCUAGUCACUUCUGUCAUGAUCAACAAUUGUGAGGUGCAGCGUGUCCUUGUUGACACAGAGAGUGCACUAGACAUCAUGUACUUCCAUUGUUUUGAGAGUCUUGGGUUAGAUCCAGCCCUGUUGCAGCGGUAUGAUGGUCCCAUUUACGGGUUCAACAACCAACCAGUUCCAGUUGAAGGAGUCUUCACCAUGAAUGUUGCAUUUGGAAGUGGCCGAAGUUAUGUGACCCCUUCAGUCAGGUUUCUGGUAGUCAAGAUGGCGUCCUCAUUCAAUGUCGUCAUUGGUCGACCCACAUUGACUGAAAUCCGAGCUGUGAAGAGCAAGGCUCAGACACCCGAGACUGAUCCUAAACAGAUUCCUGAUGAAUGGCAAGUUAUGGGUGUUGAGAUAGUAGAUAACCGACCAGAAGAUGAAACCAGAGCUGCUCCAGUCGAAGAUGUGGAGGAGCUAAUAGCUUUUCUUCGGGCCAAUAAAGAUGUUUUUGCAUGGACUUCAGCAGAUAUGCCGGGAAUUCCCACUUCAGUUUUUCAACAUAAACUCAGCACCAAUCCCCUCAAGAAACCGGUAACCCAGAAGCGACGCCUAUUCGAGGGGGAAAGGUUAAAGGUUAUUAAAGAAGAGGUCGAGAAACUCCUACAAGCCGGCUUUAUCAGAAGGGUAGAUUACUGUGAGUGGGUCGCCAAUCCGGUGUUGGUGAAAAAAGCAAACGGUAAAUGGCGGAUGUGCAUUGAUUACACUAACCUCAACGAUGCAUGUCCAAAGGACUGUUAUCCAAUGCCAAACAUUGAUAAGAUGGUUGAGGCAGCUUCGGGAAAUGAGAGAUUAAGUCUCUUGGAUGCAUACUCAGGCUACCACCAGGUCCCAAUGGCUCCUGAGAAUGAAGAAAAAACCUCGUUCUAUGCUGGCGAUGAGAUCUAUUGCUAUGUAAUGAUGCCCUUCGGCUUGAAGAACGCAGUGGUAAAGAGUUUGAAAGCUGACGAUCACUUAACCGACCUUGAGGAGACAUUCAACAAUCUCAGACAGAAUAGAAUGAGGUUAAACCCAGCCAAAUGCAUCUUUGGAGUGGAGUCUGGAAAAUUCCUGGGUUUCAUGGUUUCCAGGAGAGGGAUUGAGAGAUCUGCAAUCCGAGCUCAGGCACUGGUAGAUUUUAUUGUAGAAUGCACUCCAGGUAAUUCCACUCCUACUCCGGAGCCCAAUGACUGGACCUUAUAUGUUGAUGGGGCAUCUAGUAGCAAAGGUUCGGGAGCUGGCGCUUUCUUGAUUGGCCCAGAUGGAUACCGCAGUGAACAUGCCCUGAAGUUCAACUUCGAUGCAACAAAUAACAUGGCUGAGUAUGAAGCCCUGCUACUUGGUUUGCAGCUAGCAUUGGAAUUAAAACUCAGUGCGAUCCAAGUAUACAGUGACUCCCAGCUGGUGGUGAACCAAAUUAACUCAAUCUACGAAGUUGUUGAUCCUGUGAUGAUGAAAUAUGUAGCUGUGGUGGCCGAGCUGAAGUGCAAAUUUCAGAAAUUCUGUCUGAGCAAAAUCCCCCGGACUGAGAAUGAACAGGCAGAUUCACUCUCUAAAUUCGCCUCUGAUAGUUCUUCACAGUCCAGAUCAGUUUUCGUGGAGGUCUUAGAUGAACCAAGCUUCAUGAAGCCACGGGUGAUGGAAAUCAGCACAGACCCAGGUACGCCAGGCUGGACUGACUCAAUUGUCUCCUUCCUUCGAGACGGGGUAAUACCUGAGGAUAAGCAGGAGGCAAUGAGGUUGAGGAAGAAAGCAUCUCGCUAUACACUUGUUGGUGGGAUCCUCUAUAAGAGAUCUUUCUCACUCCCUCUCCUACGGUGCUUGAAUCCAUAUGAAGCAGAAUAUGCACUUAGGGAGGUGCAUGAAGGUGUCUGCGGAAGUCACGUGGGGGCUCGAACUUUGGCUCAUAAAGUCCUUAGACAGGGAUAUUACUGGCCGAACAUGUACAAAGAUGCCACUUACUUUGUUCAAAAAUGCUUGAAAUGCCAGUUCUUUGCGCACCUAACUCACCAGCCUGCAGAAGAGCUCACUACGCUGGUAGCACCAUGGCCAUUUGCUCAGUGGGGAUUGGAUCUUUUGGGUCCAUUCAUGAAAGGGGUUGGUGGUGUAACCCACCUAAUUGUUGGUGUAGAUUAUUUCACAAAAUGGGUUGAAGCUCGGUCAUUAUCCAGUCUUACUUCCAAGAAGGUCGAAGACUUUGUUUUCAGCUCAAUCAUCUGCAGAUAUGGGAUCCCGAAUCAGAUUGUGGUUGAUAAUGGAACUCAAUUUAACUGCACCUCCUUUCGAGAUUUUUGUUCCAGCUACGGGAUUAAACUGCAGUUCACCUCGGUUUACCAUCCCGAGUCCAAUGGCAUGGUCGAAUCUGUUAAUAAGUGCAUCUUAGAAGGUAUAAAGCCGAGGCUGGAACAACACAAGGCUAAAUGGGCAGACGAGCUCAACAACGUCCUCUGGGCAUACAGAACUACGAGUCGAACUGCCACAGGUGAAACACCCUAUCAUCUGGCCUUUGGUAUCGAAGCAGUCAUUCCUAUCGAGAUAGGAGUUCCAAGCUUCAGAGUCACCCAUUUCGAUGAAGGACGAAAUGGACAAUUGCUUCGGGAGAACCUUGAUUUGCUUGAUGACGUUAGAGAAGAAGCACGACUUCGAACUCUAGCCUAUAAGCAGAAAAUAGCAAACUUCUACAACAAACGAGUUCGACCCCGAACAUUCAAAGUAGGAGACCUUAUCCUCAGGAAAGCUUGUCUGACGGGGUUCGAAACUCGAUUCGGCAAGUUGGCACCAAACUGGGAAGGCCCCUACACUGUUGCCGAAGUGCCGCACCCAAUGCAUAUAUCCUACGGGACACUGAAGGCAACCGGGUUCCCAGGGUCUGGAAUGUCAAUAAUUUGAAGAAAUUUUACCCCUAAUGAAUCUCUUUCUAGUAAACUUUGUCUCAUUUUUAUAUUCGUUGUUAUUCUAUAUAUGUUCGAACUCAAUUCAUUUAUCUCAAUAAUGAGUGUCACUUCAC